GAGCACAGCUGGCAUUGGCAAGCCGGCGCGCUGCUCGCAGCGUCAGCAACGUGCUGCGUUGCCCUCGUAAUUCACAAGCACUGGUUCACUGCGAAACUGAUCCGCGCUUCUGCAGCUUCGGGUGCUUGCACUGCUUGUGUGCUUGCCAACCUCGCUGCUGCCUUCACACCAACCCCCUUGUUGCAUCGCUGCAUCGCUGCUGGCGGUGGGCACCCAGCGUCUCUAAUAGUGCAACUUCGAGUAUUGCCAACAAAAAAGAGCUGUACAGCAACAAACGUCUGCAGCGCAGCAAUGCGCAUCAAUGCAGGCGCCGGGGCGGCUGCUUUAACACAGCCGUCACGUCCCAGAGACAGCGAGAGCAUCGCGCCACCUAACCAUCGCUCGCGGAUUAAGCCGUCGCGCGUCAAACAAGUGGCGUACACACAGGCAUGAAGCCGCCGGCAUUAGGUAAGCUCGCGGCGACAGGUGCCGUGCUGGGCCCGGCCUGCGACGCGAUUCAUAACCAGUCGCUGCUGCAAUACGACGUGCUGCCGAUCGGCGAUGGCAUUGCGAAGACGUCGUUGCUUAUUCCCCCCCUGCUCGCGCUGACCUAUGCGUUGCUGGGCGGCGUCUUUCCCGCGAUCGCUCGUCGCGUCGCUCCGGGGGCCGCGGCGGCGCCGCUCAUUGAUGACCAAAAGCUCAGAACGAUCGCCGCGGUCGUUGCGACCUGCUCUGUCAUCAAGUUGAGCGCAAUUCUGAUAGCAGCGGAGACGCCCAACGCUCUCGCAACGCUCGCCGCGGCGGCGCUGCUCCAAUGGAUUGUGCUCGACGGGACCUACGCCUCGCUCCUCAUAGGGGUUGUUGUGGCCGUCGCCGGCCCGCUCGCAGAGAUCCCGUUCAUGCAACUCGGCUGCUGGCACUACUACUCGCCGGACUACUUUCCGUUCGGCCAGGAUCUGCCGGGACUAUCGAGUCUGACGGGCCCUUGCUAUUUUGCGGUAACUCAGGACGCCCAGGCGCUCGGGCGGCUCUUCGACGACGACCGCGAUUUGUAAUGUUGUUGGUACUUAUAA